GUUAGAGCAAAAGACAGAGAAAAUGUGUCCUGUGGGUAUCGUCCUUCUGUCUGUCCUUCUGACCCUCGUCACUGGUUACUCUCCUGUGAGUGAAGUGAUUGCUGAACCAGGAGCUGAUGUUGUGCUGCCCCUAGAGGUGACACUGACCAGGAAUAAACCGCUAUGUGAUGGCUAUGACUGGAGACAAAAUAGUAAUCCAUUAGUGAGAGAGAGAAACUGUAACCUGACUUAUUAUAAUAAAGACCUCAACAGACCCCUGACCUAUAACGUCACUCAAAAUGCAAGUCUGGUGUUAAACAGUGUGACCAGAGAGCAUGCUGGGUAUUAUACUGUACAAGUGUUUAAUUAUAAUGGGAAAGAAACAUAUUUCAAAACUUUUAUACUUUAUGUACAAGGUUACUCUACCGACAGCUUAUUGUUUGCUGCAACAGGAGCUGAUGUUGUGCUGCCCCUAGAGGUGACACUGACCAGGAAUAAACCGCUAUGUGAUGGCUAUGAAUGGAGACAAAAUAGUAAUCGAUUAGUGAGAGAGAGAAACUGUAACCUGACUUAUUAUAAUAAAGACCUCAACAGACCCCUGACCUAUAACGUCACUCAAAAUGCAAGUCUGGUGUUAAACAGUGUGACCAGAGAGCAUGCUGGGAUAUAUUAUGUACAAGUGCAUUACUUUAAUGGAUCAUCUAAAUAUAACAACACUAUUGUACUUUAUGUGCAAGACCCUGUGUCAGUCCCUGACAUGAAUAUCACUUGUGACACUAAUGGAAGUGUUGUGAUUCGCUGUGAGGUGCAGAAUGGUACAAACCUUUUAUAUAACUGGGCAUUAAAUGGAGACACCGUGCAGGGGAAUAACAGAUCUCAGUGGAGUGUGAGUGGGAAUCAUUUAUUCCUGUUGUCCCCCGGCCCAUGGAACAUCAGCUGCUCAGUGAGGAACAGAGUCAGCGAGAGACACAGUAAUCUGACUACUGUUAUGUGCCCAGAUCCUCUAUCAGAGCCUGUGCUAAAUGUUACCUGCAAUAAGAAGAAUGGCAGCGCAGUGAUUGUUUGUAGUGUGGAGAAGGGGACGGAUCCUAAGUUCUCCUUGGUUUGGAACGGUCUCUCAAAUAACAGCGGUGUAAUAUCUAUUCCUGCACCGGUCAAUGGAAAUGUCACCUGCACUGUGCAAAACAAGCUUGGUACAAAACACACCCAGAAGUCUGCAUUUUGUCCAGUGCCAGUGGGUAAACCGGAUCUCAAAAUCUCAUGCCUUAAGGAAGGCCGCGCCUUAAUUACCUGUAAUGUAAGUAAAGGAACAGAUCCUGAAUAUUCCUGGAUUAUAAAUGGAAGAAAAACACUUGAAGAUACUGACAGCCGAUGGAACGUGAGUGGGAAUAAGGCUGAAGUUUCAUUACCAUUUCCCGGGAAUAUCAGCUGUUUUGUGAAUAACAGCAUACAUAGAGAGGAAAACCACAUGGUCGGUGUGCAGUGCCCAGAUCCUCUGUCAGUCCCUUAUCUGAACAUAACGUGUAAUCCGGAUGGCAGCGCCGUGAUCCUCUGUAUUGUAGAGAGAGGGACAAAUGAAACAUAUACAUGGAAAUUAGAUGGGACAAUCCAAGAGUCAAGUUGGAAUUUGUUAAAUAUCGGCUACUCCCCCUACUCACAGAACGUCAGCUGUACGGUGACAAACACCGUCAGUGAAAAUCACAGUAAUGUGAGCAACGUGUCGUGCCCAGAUCCUCUCUCUGUCCCUGACAUGAAUGUCACAUGUCACCCCAAUGGAAGUGCUGUUAUUCUCUGCGAGGUACAGAAGGGGACAGACGUGACAUAUAACUGGGCAGUAAAUGGAGAUGCUCUGAUAAUGAAUUCCACCUGGCAUGUGAGUGGGAAACAAUUAUUUAUCUCCUCCCGCGGCUCAUGGAACAUCAGCUGCUUAGUGAAGAGCGGAGUCAGCCAGCAGGAAGGAAAACCCACCUAUGUAAACUGCCCAGGAAAAGAGUGUCUCCAAAUGUCCUGUCUGAUGAAGUCCAUCAUCGGUGGUAUCGUGGGACUGAUUGUUACCACCGUGCCACUGAUUCUAGGCUGUUGGUACACCAUGCCCAAACCUGCAAGGAAAACCAAGAACUGAGUCACAUUUAUCCCGGCAACGAGGAGCAUGCACAGCACUAGUACAUAACAUCCUCCUCACAGGAAUCUGACUCCUCACUGAUUGUGACCAGAUGUGUAAUAUGUGUCACACUUGUCUUGUGCUUUAUUGUUCUGCUUCUCAGUUUAUAGCAAUAGUUUCAAAUGUGACCUAAAAUGCAAAUUGAGUAACAAAUAUGUACCAAACGUACAAAGGCAGUGUUGUAACAAAACCAGUAUUGUAUAUACCAGUUAUGUGUACUGUCUUAAAAAGGAGGCAGUAAAAUAUUAUGGCCCAGAUGACAAGUAGAGUGCAAAAUAUUGCUUUCAUGAAAGGAGGUAAGUAGCGCAGCAAGGGCAACAUGUUUAAAUAUAAAUGUAUAUGAUCAUAUAAUAUAUAUCUAUAUACACACAUUAACACAUAAAUAUACUGUAUAUGUAUAAGAGCAUAUAUAUUAACUGGGAACAAACAGUGCUCAUAGACCGCAAUGUAAAGGUUCGUCCCACCAACUUUACCCCCAAAAUACUGCCUAGUGCAGUUAUUUUAUUAAAAAAAUAAAGAUGCUGCUGUUUUCAUUUUUUAAUUAGCUACACUAGACAAUAUUUUGAGACACAUUUAUAAAAUUAACCAGAGAUCUGAUCUCUCGUUAAUUUUAUAAGCUCUACAAAGUUUGCUGUAGCAAUAACCCGCCACUUGUAAUGGCUGAUUAAUUAUUCCGUGCCGGCAAAUGGGCAACUUUGCCUGUUUGUGUGCGCGCAAUAAUUUAGCGCUCCACUUGUAAUCUAGGCAUUUUUACACUUUGAUCAUUGCAAUAUUUUUUCCCCUGUUAUGUUUCAUGUAAUACAUUAAUGUAAAUGGAAGAAAACAUGUUUGUCCUGCAGUUUCCUUGCCUUGUAAUCUUUAUUAAAAUACUAUACUAGGAA